AUGAUGCCGCCGAAGCAGCUGCUGACCAUCGUCAUCAUCAUCUUCUGCACCCUCUCCUUCAUCAAGCUCCUCCUCCUCACCAGCUCGUCGUCCUCGUCAGCGGGCUCGACCUCCCGCAGCAGCCCGGCGUGGGACGCCGUCGGCGGGGGUAACGGGACGGCUAGGAGCGCGCUCGCCGUCAAGGAGCUCGCGCUGCUCCGCUCCGUCGUCGCCGCGCGGGCGCCGUGCAGGCUGCUGGUAUUCGGCCUCUCCCCGCAGCUCCUCGCCCUCGCCAAGCUCAACUCCGGAGCCGGCGCGGGGGCCGCCACCGCCUUCGUCACAGACAGCGCCGACGACGCGGACGCCGCGCGCCACGCGCUCCUCUCCGGGCGCGGGGCUGGGGCUGGGUCUGGGUCCGCCGACGCGGUGGCCAUCCACCGGGCCAGGUACCGCGACGCGGCGGCGGAGGCGUGGCCGCUGCUGCGGCGCGCGCGCGGGAGCCCGGCGUGCCGGCGGCCCACGGGGACGGUGCGCAAGUCCGGGUGCCCGCUGGCGCUCACCUCGCUGCCGCGGGAGGUGCUCGACGCGCGGUGGGACGUGGUCGUCGUCGACGGGCCCAGCGGGGCGGCGCCGGAUGAGCCCGGGCGGAUGGGGACCAUCUACACCGCCGCGGCGCUGGCGCGCGCCGUGGCUGGCGGCGAGGCGGUGGACGUGGCGGUGCACGACGUGGACCGGACGGUGGAGCGGUGGUAUGCGUGGGAGUACCUCUGCCAGGACAACCUCGUCGCCGCAAAGGGCCGCCUCUGGCACUUCCGCAUCGCCGCCGGUGCGGGGCCGACGGACGCGUUCUGCUCCAUCGGCCCCGUCCAGAUCUUGUAG